AUGGAAGUUAACCCGGUGUCCACUGAAAUGGAGUUAGACAACAAACCUACCUGUGAAACUGUUCCCGGUCUGCCACAAAAGAAACAUUAUAGACAACGCGCUCAUUCCAACCCUCACUCGGAUCAUGACAUUGAAUAUCCAUUAACCCCAGAUCAUAUGGAUUGGUCUAAACAGUAUGGCGAGUUUGCUACUGGAAGGCGAGUAGAGUUUGCUGAUAUUGGAUGUGGUUACGGUGGUCUUCUAAUGAGAUUGUCUCCGAAAUUCCCUGAUACUCUGAUGAUCGGAAUGGAGAUUCGAGUCAAGGUGUCUGACUACGUGAACGAGAAGAUUCAAGCUCUCCGAAAACACCAUGCAGAAGUUGGUCAUUAUAGAAACAUUGCUGUUCUCCGGUCAAAUGCAAUGAAAUACAUGCCAAAUUACUUCCACAAAAGUCAACUUUCCAAAAUGUUCUUCCUCUUCCCUGAUCCACAUUUCAAAAACAAGAAGCACAAAUGGAGAAUCAUCACUCCAACAUUGGUUUCCGAGUACGCAUAUGUGCUUCGUGAAGGAGGGCUAAUUUACACUAUCACCGAUGUCAAAGAUUUACACGAAUGGAUGGUCAAGCAUCUCAGUGAGCACCCACUAUUCGAACGUCUGACUGAUGAUGAAAUGAAUGCUGAUCCAGUUGUGGAAAUGCUCUACGACAGUACUGAAGAAGGACAAAAAGUGACUCGUAAUGAAGGAGAAAAGUGGCCAGCCGUCUUUAGACGACUUCCUAACCCUGCUUUGUAA